ACUCAAGAAUGUUGAUUGUUUAAUCGAAUAUCCUCAAAACAAAAUUUUUGUUACGAAAAAAAUUGUGUUUAAAAUAAAUGGUUGUAAUAACAAUAACAUAUUUUCAAUUCAACUUGGCUAAAUAAAAAUCCUCUUCCAAAAUGGAAGAAAAAUGUUCUUAUAACUCUCCUAAUGGCGAGAAUAAUAAAGUUGAGAAAAACCACCCAUCAUCGAAAUUAUCAAAAAUUACCAUAAAGUAUGAGGACUUUUUCGAGAUUAUAAAAUUGUAUCCUUGUUUAUUCAAUAAAAGCCAAACUCCAACAAAUAAUACAAUAAAGUAUAAAGCACUGCAAGAAAUUAAAGAGAAAAUUGAAAAAGCUCAUGGAAUCAAUUUAAAUUGCUCACAAAUAAGAAAGAAACUUGAAAAUAUGAAAAUGCGUGCCAAAUUGAAGAGAGAUCGAAUUCACUUGGGUGAUUUGGAGACAAGAUUUAAAUCUUUUGAAGAAGAAUUACUGAAAUUGAUGGAUUAUAAAAAAUAUCCACUGACAAAUAAGUUUAUAACAGAUACAGAGCAAUGCGAUGCAUCAGCAGAUUCCAGCUUAUAUUUGAAAUAUGAAGCGGAAGAUGAAAUGUCUCAGGAAGACGAACCAUCAAAACAACAACAAAUCCUACCAUCGAAUAUAAUUCCAGGAUUUGAAAUAAAAUCCGAAACAAAUGAGGAAGAAACUCUUCACUUUGACAACGAGCAGAUACAACAAUUACAUUCCAAAGACACUGACAGUUUUGUUUCCGAAGAUGAUCACCACCAUAAUACAAUAUUCGAAGAAAAACCAUCAACCAAAUUAGGUUUCGGUUUAAAAGAAAAAGAUUUUUUUGACAUCAUAAAAACACAUGAUUGUUUAUUUGAUAAAAGCAAAGCGCCCCAUAUGAAAGAAAUCAAACAAGAUGCACUUCAAGAUGUUCAAGAAAAACUCAAAACUAUUUAUGGAAUUAAUUUGAAUAGUUUACAGAUUCGAAAGAAAAUUGACAAUAUGAAGGGACGUGUUAAGGGAAAAUUUGAUAAAUGGAAAACAAGAAUUGCACCAGGGUAUAAAUUGAAAACUCACGAAAGGCAAUUGCUGAAUUUGAUGAAAUCGAAAAAAUUAUUAGAGCCCGAGCUCUGUGCGGAGCUGGUUACAAGUGAGGAUUCAAAUGUAGCUGAAGAAGAAGAAGUGAGUGGCAAGACAAAUUGCAUGACAUCGAAUAAUUUUCAAAAUUUACUAAAUUCUGAAUCAAGACAUAACGAAUUUGAACAAAUGUCGCUAAUUACACUACAAAAAGAAGUUCUAUUAGAACAAAAAGAUUUGAAUCGACAGCAAAAUGAGCUUAAUAAUUUGCAAAAGGAAAUUUUAGCGUUAAAGAAAGAAAAACUGUUACUUGAAUUAGAUAUACUUAAGAAAAAAUAAAAUGCAUAGCGAAUGAGUAAAAUUAAAUUUCACUUAUGUACCUCAAAAAUAUUCAAAUAAAUCUUAGAAAUUUCAAGUUUUUUUUAUAAAAUAAAUUUACCAUGACCCGAGGUUUUUCGAACUUUAUUUGCUUCGUUAACAAUGCCGUUGUUUCGUUCAGGGUUGUGUAUCUUGUUCCUAAUUUUUUACUUAAAAACACAGCGGCUCCAUUUCAAGCUACUGCUUCAUCUUUAAGGGGUACAAAAUUGCUUUUAUAUUUUUGAAUUGAGCUUUUCCAGGAGUAUGAAACUGUGAUGUCUUCGGGGUUUUAGCAAACUAUUCUUGAAACCUUGAUCGCUUUGUGAUUCCAAAAAUAAUUGCCCUUAAAAGCUCUAAAGUUGGAAUUUGACGUAUUCUCAUCUUUUUCUUGCUGAAAUCUCGAAGGCUCUAUUCUAUUUGGCUGCAAUGUAAAAGAAGUUUGAAAUCAAAAAUAAUUAUUUUUAAACUUGUUCUAAUUUUAUUCUUAAAGUUGGUGUUCAAAAGAAAAAAAAAAUAAAGAAAAGAAAAAAUUUGUCAACUAAAAAUAAUUUCAUUUAACUACAGAAAUUCUUAUUUGCUAGAGAAUUGGUGCAAUUUCUUUUAGAAAUAAUAAAAUACUUCUUAUGACCGUUACGUUUAUUUUAUUAUUUUGUUUCUAUUGCAUAUAUAAUAUUUCUUUUUUUAUUUAUAUAUUUUGAAUACCACGCAUCAUUUUAUUAAUUAAUUAAUUUUUUUUAUAACAUAACAUUUAGGUUUAAUUAUUAUUUUUUUUUUUUUUUAAAUACAUAUAUAAUUUUAUAUACUUGUUUCUCUCUUUUACAUAUAUAUUUACACAAAGAAAUAAAAUAAUAAGAUCAAGAAGUUUUCCUUGUUUUUUUUUGUAUAAUUUAUUUUUUUUGGAGAAAAUGAGCACAUUAUACCUAAAACGGGAUAGAAAAAGUUUUUUUUUUUUGGCCUUGGACACAAUUUUGUAGACCAAUAUAGUCUAAGAGAGAGAGAGAGAGAUUUUUUGUAAGAAUAAUGAGAAAUAAAUUUUUUGUUUUCUUCACUUAGCAGCGAUAUUUUGUGGAGGAAAUUGUUCCUCCACUCGGCACUCAAUCACAAAAGACGGAAAGUUGGUUAUAAUAAUAAAGAAAAAUAAAAAAAAUAAAAUUAUACUUUA